CAUCAAGUCAACAACUGAGACACUUUCAACCCAUCAACCCACCUCUCACCAACCUUCCGGGCUCGUAGCUUCCCACCCCACCCCCCUCGUCAAUAGUUCCACCCUCCAGGCGGUUCAUCCCACUACUGUUCACGGUUACCUUCACCGGUCUACUAGGACUCCAAGUUUACUCCACUUCCACACGCUUCGAUCCAGUUCGUGUCCGUCAACCCCAAACUUCAGCAAAAUGUCCGCCCCAGUCGAACAGGUCACCGCCCAGAUGGCCAACACCACCCUCGACAACGCCGCUCCCGCCACCACGGAGAGCACCGGCGCCCAGCAGCCCACCGCAGCCGAGGACGAGGCUGUGCGUGCCAGCGCCGCCGAGGGAAGGCGACUUUACAUUGGAAACCUCGCGUACGCGACCACCGAGGGGGAGUUGAAGGACUUCUUCAAGGACUACCUUGUCGAGUCCACCACCAUCCCCACCAACCCGCGCACCUCGCGUCCCGUUGGCUACGCCUUCGUUGCCCUGUCGACACCCUCCGAGGCCGAGCGCGCCAUUGCGGAGCUGAACGGCAAGGCCAUCCUCGACCGCAAGGUCUCGAUUCAGCUCGCCCGCACUCCCGAGGCCCACGCCGAGGGCGCUGGCAGCGGUGCUGAGGGCGCCAGCGGCAACGAGCAGCGCCGCCGCGGCUCCACCCGUGGCCGUGGUCGCGGACGUGGCCGCGGUGGCCGCACUGGACGUGGCGGACGCGCCAACGCUGACGGCGCCGAGGCCGAGCAGAUCGAGCUCACCGACGCUGCUCCCGCCGAGAGCACCCCCACAAAUGUACCCGGCCAAGUCGCUCCCCUCACCGAGACCACGAACGAAGCGCUUACCAACAAGGACUCUGCCGCCAAGCAGCCCGCCGCUCCCCGCGAGCGCAAGCAGCGCGGUCCCCCCGAGGAUGGUGUCCCUUCCAAGACCAAGGUUAUGGUCGCCAACCUGCCUUACGACCUCAAGGAGGACAGGCUCCUCGAGAUCUUCAAGGACUACUCCCCCACCCAGGCCAAGAUCGCCCUCCGCCCCAUCCCCCGCUUCAUGGUCAAGAAGCUCCAGGCUCGCGGUGAGCCUCGCAAGGGCCGUGGUUUCGGUUUCGUCACCCUCGGCUCUGAGGAGCUCCAGCAGAAGGCUUGCAACGAGAUGAACGGCAAGGAGAUUGAGGGCCGUGAGAUCGCCGUUAAGGUCGCGAUUGACUCCCCCGGCAAGGAGGAUGAUGCCCCCGCCGAGGCCGCCACCACCGAGGGCGCCGCUGCCACCACCGAGGCUACCUCUGCCACCACCACCCAGUCCACCGAGAAGCCCACCGAGAAGCCCACCGAGAAGCCCACCGAGACUCCUGCGGCUGCUCCUGCGGCUACUCCUGCAGCUACCCCUGCAGCUGCCCCUGCGGCUGAAGCUGCGGCUGCCCCUGCGGCUACCACGACUGCCGCUUAGGUGCCUCCAGUUGCUCAUGGCCACGUCGGACACCGUCAGCAGCGCUCGAUGGACUCCUUCACCAACCCCGACACACGAGUUAUGACUUAGAUGACACGACUCAGCGUUUGAUUCGCUGCGAUUUGAUUACCGAGUUUCUGGUCUAUCGAUAUCUAUCAUCUUUGCUAGAUGUUCAGGCCAUUAGCUUUACCGACUUCGUUCGAGAUGACCAAUCUGGAAAAGUGUUUAUGGAGUCUGCCGGGCGUCCGAGUUAUGGUGGAAAACAUGGAAAGCUUGUCUUAACUGCAUUAAGCUUUGAGUGAUAUGAAAUAUAUGAACAUUGAUCUACAUGCCGCAUUGGCUGAUGACAAACCUCACGA